AUGUCCAUAGUGUGGACAAAAGAUGUGAGUGACAGAUUGUCACGUAAAUUGUGUUUAUUGCACUUGCAAGAGAGCUGCUCCAUUUGCCUUUCCUUUUCCUGUGGAGUACUACAUGAAAGGAAAAGAAAACUCAUUGAUAGAGGACUUCCAAAAUCUUCUUUUCAGGAAGCUUUGAGCAACCAGGAUAAAUCUAGCCAGUCUCCGAAGUCUUCCAAGUCUUCUAAGGCUUCUUCAUCUAAUUUGACAAAAUCCAAGAAACAGUCGACGAUGGCUUCACAGCCUUCAGAGCCUGUCCCCAGUCCGGGAACUGGUCUCCGAAGUACCAAAAUCUCCUAUUCUCCAGUCGGCACAAUGUUAAAUCAGUGUUGUGAUUUCAGACUUGAGAGAAUAGUUAAUGGUGAUAUUUAUGCAGAAAUGUACACCAGCAUUACUGUUGAGGAUGCAGGUUCACAAGAAGAAGAGCAUACUGGAGUCAAACCAUCAACUGCAGUUAAGAGUUUCUUCCGGAUACCAAAACCUAACAUAGGGAGAGCAUCUGGGAAGAGAGAAGCUACAAAUGAAGAAAGUGCAGCUGAGAGCAGAGCUAAACAAGAUGCUGCUGAAACAGGGAGUGAGCCAACACCAGAAUGUGAAUCAAAGGCACAUCAGCAAGAUCAGAAAAUACUGACAUCUCCUGAAGUGAUUGAACCGCGGACUUGUUCACAAAGUGAGGAACUUGCUUUUCCUACAGAAAGUCAGCAGUCAAGUAUUCUGCACUCCUCUGAAAGUUCCUCUGAAUGUGAAAACCAGGAUGAGCAACAGGGUAGUACGCAGCUAGCUAGUGAUCAGGAUAAUUCUGACUGUUCUGUAAGUAUUACAGUUGAAGAAGCUAGUUCACAAGAAGGAAAACAAACUGUAGUCAAGCCAGCAGCUUUGGUGAGAGGUCGAUUCCAAAGGCCAAAGCCCAACCUAAGAAGUGUAGCUGGGAAGAAAACAUCAAAACAAGAAAUCACCUCAGAGGACAAAGCCGUUGAAAGGGAGAAUAAAGAACUGCCAGUGUGUGAAUCGGAGCGGCAGCAGUCUGAUGAAAAAGUACUGCCUCCUGAAAUUGGAGAAAAGCAGGCUUCUUCAGUAUCUUCAAGAAGUCGACAUUCCAGCAAGUCAGAGUUGCCUGAAUGUUCUUCUGAAUGUGAGAACCAUAGUGAGCACAGAGAGAGUUAUCCACCUAAAAUAACACAGGAUACUUCAAGAGACUUUUCAGGAAAUGCUGUUGAAGAGGCUACAUCUCAAGGGCUAAAAGUAACUGAGGUCAGACCAGCAGCUUUAUCGAGGAGUCGCUUCCAGAGGCCCAAGCCUAAUGUAGGGAGAGCAACUAGGAGAGAGACUUCAGCAAAGGAGAUUGUCACCGAGAAUGAAGCUGUUCAGGAUGCUACUAAAAAUGACACUGAUGCACCAGCAGAAUGUGAUCAAGAGCAACUACAAGCAGAUCGUAAAGCAGUAUUGUCUCCUGAAGUGAUAGAGAAGCAUUUUUCAGGUUCUUCAAACAGUCCUCAAUCCAAGUUUCAGAUUCCAGAAGGAAAUGAAUAUGAUGAAAGGGAUAGUUCACAGUUCUCCAGAACACAGGGUACUUGCCCUGAAAACGAAGAGACUAGGUCACAAGACGGAGAAAAAAAUACUGAAGUCAAACCAACAAGUUUUAAAAGUCGUUUUCAGAAGCCAAAGCCCAGUGUAAGGAGUGCAUCUAGGAAAGAGCCUUCAAAACAGGAAAAUAUCACUGUGAAUGAAGCUGUUCAAGACAGUACCAACAAGGAGAGUACAGAACCACUGGACUGUGAACCAGAGAUAAAGCAGCAGCAAACAGAUCAGAAAGCAACUUUGAUUUUUGAAGUGAUAGAAAAGCUUUCUCCACUUUCUUUAAGUCAACAGUCCAAGUUGCAGGAUCCUGAAACAAAGCAACAGGACAUAGAAGAUGAUAGUUCACAGCUCUGCAGAAUCCAGGAUACUUUCCCUGAAAAUGCUGUUGAGGAGGAUAGGUCACAGGAAGGAGAGAAAGCUGUAGAAGUCAAGCCAAUAGCUUUGCCUAGUCGUUUCCAAAGGCCAAAGCCCAGUAUAAGGAGGACUUCGAUGAGAGAAUCUUCAAAACAGGAAAAUGGCACCGAGACCGAAUCUGUUCAAGAUAAUACCAACAAGGAGAGUAAAGCACCAUUGGAAUGUAAACCAGAAGUACAGCAAGCAGAUCAAACGUCAUUGUCUCCUGAAGAGUUAGACGAGCCUUCUUCAGUUUGUUCAAGCGAUCAACAGUCUGACAAACUGCAGGUUCCUGAAGGCAAGGAACUAGAUGAAGAAAGGGAUGAUUCGUGUCUUUUAAAAACUGAGGAAGACUGCCCUAAGAAUGCUGUUGAGGAGACUGGAUCACAGGAAGGAAAAAAUGUUGAGGUCAUACCAACAGCUUUGACAAGCCAUUUCUCUUCUUGUCAGAAAAGUGUCACAGAGAAAGAAACUGUUCAAGAUAUUACCAAAAAGGAGACUGAAGCACCACUAAAAUGUGAACAAGAGCAAGCAGACCAAAAAGCACUGUUGUCUCCUGAUAUGACAGAAUCACAAGAUUUGCCAAGUUCUUCAAGAAUUCACCUGUCAAAUACAAUGUUGGACUCUGAAAGCAGGACGGAGUCUGAAGAAGACCGUUCACACCUAGACAGAUUUCAUGAUACUUGCCCUGCAAAUGCUGUUGAAGAAGUUGGUUCACAAGAAAGGGAAAAAAGUUCAAUUAAACCCACAGUUUUGGUAAGGAGUCGCUAUCAGAGGCCAAAGCCCAAUAUAGGAAAGGCAGCUGGGAGGAGAGACGUUUCAGGUACUAUUGAGAGCAAAGCUGCCAUAAGUGCUGCUGAAAAAGAGAAUAAAGAGCUGGCAGAACACGAAUCAGAGCAUGUAGAUCAGGCUAUAGGAGAAGUGGUAGAAAAUUCUGCAUUUACAUACUGUAAAGAAGUGGCCUCUCCAAGACGUCAGCUGUGCAGCAAGCCUCCAAAAAGUUCCCCUGAAUGUGAAAGAGACCAGAAUCAAAGUGCUGUUGAAGAAACUGGCUCACAAGAAGGUGAAAAGCCAUCAACAAUCAAACCAUCACCUUUGAGAAGUCGCUUGAAAAGGCCAAAGCCCAACACAGUGAGAGCAGCUGGGAAGAGAGACGUUUCAGAGCAAGAAAGUACCACUGGCAAUAAAACUGUUUCAGACACUGUGGAAAAGGAGAGUGAAGAACUACCAGACCAUGAAUCAAAGGUACAAAUUAGAGUUGUGUUUUCAAUCUGUUUUGUAAAAUGCCCUUUAUUGAACAACCUUUUAAUAGUUUCAUAG